AUGGCGAUUCAACGACAAGCGAAAGCUGCCCGUUGCUCGUCCUGUCAGGAAACCGCAGUAAGUUGUUGCAUGACCUGUGAAAUGUUUAUGUGUGAAAAAUGUUCUAACUCUCAUAUGAUGUGGCCGGUGAUGAAAGAUCACGAUGUAUUAUCCGUAGAGGAACUGAGCAAUCCUCAAAGUCAAGUUAAAAUGAGAAGCAAGCUUUACUGCGUAAAACACAAAGACAAAAUACUUGAAUUUUAUUGCGAAACAUGCAAGGAACUCAGCUGUUUGCACUGUAUGGUUUUAAAUCACAUCAAACAAAAUCAUUCUUGCGUUUCUGUGGGUGAAAUCGCACAGAAACAAAGGGAAAUAUUACAAGGAAGCUGUACAACACUUGAUGAAAAAUUAUCAGCAGGAAAGGAAGCACUGACUGCUGUCGGCGAGGUCAAGAAAUCACUUGAGGUAAAUGCAAAGGAUGCCAAGGAUCAAAUUAAUGCACAGAAGCACUCUCCUCCGCAGAGCUUUACGAAUUUUUAGUAAAAUUGCGUAAUAUUAAGGGGGGGGGGACAAAUUACGCAAGGUAUAAUGGGAAGACGGAAGCUACGUAAGGCUCUGCCAUAUAAUAUUUCCAAAAUGGCGUCCAAUUAAUACAGACAUAAGAAUAUUGAAUUAUCAUGAAUUAUUCAUGGCGACAAAUAGGCCGUUUCAGGAUGCAAACCUAAAGUUUGCGGUGAAUUGGUUUGUUCAAAGUGCAUUGAGAACAACGAGGAAGUUUUUUGACGAUGUUGGACCGAAGAAACGUUUCAAAGUUUAUAUAAAUAAACAUCGCUCCUUGAAAUUCAAUGACAGCAUAUGCACUCUGGGUGAAACGCUGCACGUAGUGAGACUAGUGAAACAAUUGUCGAAUCUGCGAUUAGAGACGGUAUGUAAAUAUUAAAUAUAUUAUUUUUGAUUGAAUAAAAAUACAAAGUAUAUGUACUAUAAAGUAUGUAUUCAUUGCUGUGUCCCCAGUGUAUAUGUAUUUGAUUUGGAACAGUGUGUACUUUUUAUAAUUUGUUGCCUUCUUGGUAGCAUAAUAAAUGGCCAUUUAUACCACCCAAGGUUUGUAAUGUUUGUGUGAAAUGUUUACAUGCACUGAACUCUGUUAGCUUAUAUUAUCAAAGGUGGCCCGCAGUUAUUGGGAGUAUAAUUUCUGUUGCGGUAACCCUGCCACUUGUACUUUAUACAUACAUAUGUCUGUCUGUCUGUUAUUUGAUGUACUUUAUACUGUAUCAUGGCAAAGCUAAUGGGUCAUUCCAGAAAACAUCCAUACCACCCCCAGAGAGGGAAUUGUAACCCCCCCCCCUCCCCCCUAUUAUCAGAAACAAUUUUGUCUCCACUGCAAAAAUUUCCUCUGUGAGGGGAGUGUGGAUCCUUUCUGGAACGACCCAAUAAAUGAGUUCAAAACUUUCAUUUUGGAAAUUUUAAAACAACAAAUAACAAUAAUUAAUUAGAUUUAUUAUUAUAAUUGCCAGGUGAACCUAUAGUAGUGACUAUGGUAACAUACAAAUAUCUUAAUUAUUCUACAGAAUAAUUCCAUGGAUGAUGUGUCAAUCUAG